AUGUCGACCCCAGUCACUCUUCACCUCCGUGCUGAAACUAAGCCCCUCGAGCACCGCGCUGCUUUGACUCCUAAUACCACCAAGAAACUUCUUGACGCUGGCUUCAAUGUUAUUGUCGAAAAGUCUUCCCAGAGCACCUUCGACAUUAAGGAAUACGAGGCUGUUGGUGCUACCAUUGCCGAAGAAGGCUCUUGGCCUCAGGCCCCCAAGGACCAUAUCAUCAUUGGUCUUAAGGAACUCCCUGAAGAAUCUUUCCCUCUGAUCCAUGAGCACAUCCAAUUCGCUCAUUGCUACAAGGAUCAGGGCGGCUGGAAGGACGUUCUUAAGCGCUUCCCUGAAGGUAAGGGAACUCUCUAUGACCUUGAAUUCCUCGAAGAUGAUAAUGGCCGCCGUGUCGCUGCUUUUGGUUUCCAUGCUGGUUUUGCUGGUGCCGCCAUUGGCAUUAAGGACUGGGCUUUCCGUCAAACUCACUCCGAUGAGGAGAGCCUUGGCGCCAUUGAACCUUUCCCCUAUGAGCACCUCCUUGUUGAAGAUGUCAAGAAAAAUCUUGCUGCUGCUGGUAAGACCCUCCCUAAGGUUCUUGUCAUUGGUGCCUUGGGCCGCUGUGGUUCCGGUGCCGUUGACUUGUGCCGUAAGGCCGGUAUCCCUGAAGAAAACAUCAUCAAGUGGGAUAUCGCCGAGACCUCCAAGGGUGGUCCCUUCCAGGAGAUUGCUGAUGCCGAUAUCUUCAUCAACUGUAUCUACCUCUCCAAGCCCAUUCCUCCCUUUAUCAACUUGGAUCUCCUCAACAAGGAGUCCCGCAAGCUCCAGGUCAUUGUCGACGUCUCUGCCGAUACAACCAACCCCCACAACCCUAUCCCCGUCUACACUGUCGCCACUGUCUUUAACAAGCCCACUGUUCCUGUCGAAACCACUGUUGGCCCUCGCUUAGAUGUUGUUUCCAUCGACCACUUGCCCUCUCUGCUGCCACGUGAGGCCUCUGAGGCUUACUCUGAGGCCCUGCUGCCAUCUUUGCUUGAGCUCCCCCAACGUGACACUGCUCCUGUCUGGACCCGUGCUAAGGCCCUCUUUGAUCACCACGUUGCCCGUCUUGAUUAG